CGCACAAAUUCACGUAAACAUGUUUGGUGAUAAAGAGCAACUUUCGGUAUUGGAAAAGCUCCAAUCUGCCAGGGUUCCUCAGACUUCCUUCCCGCCCACCCAUGAGUUGCACAAGAUAAGAGCUUCCUUCGACUACUUGUAUGUCAUCAACUGGUUGUACAACUUUAAAGGAUAUCUCAGGUUAUCGUCAGAGUACUUUGAUGUGGAGUUGUUCGAAAUGGAGUUGCUUAAUCUCUUAGAUCCUCCACCAUUGGAUGAGUCGGUGUUAUUUAUCAACAAGCUCAAAACUCAGAUCAUCAACCACCUCACGAACUCGGCCUCGAAGUUCCUGGCCCUGGAUUUCGAUAUGGUUAUUAAGCGAUUCUUUGUUAAUACUCCAUUAGGUGAUGCAGACACCGCUACCAUCUUUGAUACCUUGAAGUUGAGUGAAAAAUUCGAGGUCUUGUUCGUUAUUUUGAACUACUUGUCUUCCUUGGCUAACUUUAGGUUAUUUUUGGAUAAGACUCCAGAUGUUGAUUUGAGUUUGAACGCUCAUAUACUAAAGUCUUCCGAUACCAAGAACAAACGAGAAGACUAUUUAUUGCUUUUCAACCUGACAAAGGUUUACAAAAGAACGAUUGAGUACCCGGAGUUGAUUGUUCCAAAGAAGAGAAAAGAUGCUCCUGAAGACCCAGAGGACUUUUUCUGGGACCAAUUCGAUGUGGAUUUGGCCCAAGUAUCGUUUAGCGUAGAGGCAUGGACUUUGGACAAUUUUAACCAGUUCAUAAAGACACAUAAGAAGAACCUGACCUUCAAACUGUUGACCACAAAUGCAUUUCAGGCCAACGUGGUUUCGUCUGAGAUCAAGAAAAGAAGGAUCAUCAUGAACAGAAAGAAAGAGUACCAGAUGAUCAACUUGAUGGCCACCAGAAAAAGAUCUUCCAGAAUAGAGGCCAAGGAACGUCAAAAACAGCAAGACAUUGAAGAUAUAAAGGCUCAAAAGGAAAGAGAAAUGAGAUUGGCUAUAGAACUCGACAAAAUUUCCAAACCUUUGAACUAUAACUCAAACGUUUUGAGCAGAGAAGAAAGGUUGAAAAUGAGAAAGUUAAAUACGGACUAUAGAAAGGACUCUUCUCAGCCAAAGAGUGUAUCUCCAGAGGCUGUGAAGCUGGAAACCAUUAGCUUGACCCCGGACAUUGGUGAAGCAAAACCAAAUAUUGAAGAAAAGAUUGAAAAGAUUGAAGAAGAGAUCAUCGGCCAUAAAUCAACCAAUGGUGAAGAGAAACCAGAGCCUAUAAACUAAACUCUCAACAACCAUCUAGGUAUAUAAUAGACUACUAAAUUUAACGAGAUUAAGUUAUGUCUUGAAGCUAAAAAUAAAAACCAGCAGAAAUGCAAUUAGAAAAAGGACAUUAUAAUUUUAGUUCAUUUAAGAUUUGACCUGCCAAAGUCUUGUAAUUCCAGGUGUUACCCAACAACUUCUUGAAUUGUACACCAUAUAAUCCAACCAAGGGGAAUUUUACCACAUGUAUUUCGAAUUUCAAAGGUGAUCUUUUGGUCUUUAACUUAGACUUAUGGUCUACUCUGGAAGAGAACAACAUAUCGGACCCACCUCCAAUCAUCAAAUUCCCAACCGAGUCAAUCGAAUCGUCAUCGGUGAUUUGCUUCAUCUCGGUCUCAUAGUCGUCGGAAUCUUCGAGAUUACCGUACAACAGCUUAUUAAUCCUCGCAGCAGCUGGAGUGUUCGGAGGCAUGAUUUGACUUUGGGAUCCGUUCUUCUUUCUGUACGAUCCCAAAAUAUUAGCUCCAAUGGAGAACUUUCUUCUGUGUCCACGCUCACUUCCCACACUACUGAUUGAACUAGAUUGCCGAUGAUGUCCUUUUGGAGUUGACAAGUUUUGAGUGUUCAAGUGCAAAGAUGGCUGUCUGCUUGGUCCUCUAGAAUUUCCUGAUGGAGAUUGAAGAGCUGGCACACCAUUGGUACCCACAGGCUCGAUAAGUUCGGGAGUUUUGGAUCUUUGUUCAAUAGAAGACGACGUA